CAGCUGCAUCCUAAGCUUCCAUCGGAGUAGCCCCGCGCAUGUCCACCACUCAACUACAACAUAAACAACAUGUUCCACCAAGGAACCUUGCAGAGUGGCAUUGCGCUUGCUAUCCAGCAACAGAAACUAGUGGCCUGCUUUGUGCGAGAUGAAGGCGCAACAAGUAAGGAAUGGGAGGACGAGUGGCUGACGAGCGGGUGGAUAGCAAACCUCCUCGCUCAGAAAGCCGUCCUCUUACGCCUCGAAGCUGGAUCGACCGAAGCCGGGUUCUUGGCAGCCUUCUGCGAGAUCAAGAAUGCGCCUACGUUUAUCGUCAUACAGAAUGGGAAGCUGCAGCUACAGCUUGGGAGUGAGGCGGGCAAAGACCAGUUCGUGAAUGAGAUUAGGAGAGUUUGCGGUGCUGGCGAGAUUCCUGGCGCGAGCUCGACAUCUGCAUCCCAGGUCCCGGCGGCUGUGGCUGAGGAUGAUCUUUAUGGAUCAACAGAACCUUCUGCGCCUGCAGUACAUACACCAACGACAGUACCUACUUCUACACCGUCAGCGAAAGCCAAAGGCAAACAGAAGGCCGCCUCAACUUCAGAAUCUCAGCCUCGCACCUCAACACCGUCCACAACCCCGAGCGCCGCACAACUAGCCGCCCGUGAGGCACUCCGGAAGAAGAAACGGCAAGAGGCAGACGAGCUGGCACGUAUAAAAGGCCGGAUAGAGGCAGACAAGGCAGCACGCAAAGCGCACGCAGAGGCCAGGAAAGCUGAAAGAGAAAGAGAGCGAGAUGGAGCCACACACACAGAAGCGCAAUCACAAUCAACAACAUCUUCUUCUUCCCGGGGCUCCCAAGCAAAGAUUGUCCACCUCAACGUCAGGCUGUUCGACGGACGAAUAAUGCGAUCCACGUUCCCACGAACAGCCACACUACAGGACGACGUGCGCUCUUGGGUUGAUAAAGAGUUUUCGAAACUCGGUGCAGACGAUCCGAAUAUCAACAACAAAUCACUUCCACCGUAUUUCUUCAGACAUAUACUAGCUCCACAACCGAGUCGCGAACUCUCCGCUGGCGACGAGAAUCAAACGCUCGGUGAUAUCGAUUUAGCUCCCAGCGCGACAUUAGUUCUUGUUCCGGUGAAGGGAUACACAGAAGCCUAUACCGACUCAGGGAACGGUAUCGUGGGGACAGCGAGUCGUAUGCUGCCUGGCGCGUUUAGUCUUGUGUCAUCGGCUAUGGGGUAUGUGGGUAAUGCUUUGGGGUCGGUGACUGGAUAUGGUUCAGGAACACAGGCGCAGGGAGAAGGACAGAGACAGGGACAGACUGUUGGAGGCGCACAGCGACAGCAACAACCACAACCUGAGUCAACAGAUACGCCGGGCGUCAGGGUACGGACACUUGCUGAUCAGAGGGCGGGAGAACCAAGACAGCAGUUCUACAACGGGAACCAGCUGAGCUUCGAGCCGAGGAACGACGAUAGCGACCGACGAUGAGAGAUGGGUUUGCUUGGGUGGUCAUGGAGGUAGAUAUCUUGAUACGUUUUUUCAUCUUGAGAAGCUAGGGAUAUGGCUGUCCGUUGGGAAUAAUACGGGGUUGUCUCUUACUCAAGGCUGCAAAAGAGAGGUUACCUAUGGUAAGCAGACGAGUUUUCUGCACUGCUAUCAAUAAGCCUAUGAUGGUAAAUCAUAGUCUCAAUGAACUUGUAAACUUGCUCGCAAGUCUACCCGUUUUAAUUUCCACCCUGACCUC